AUGGCUACCGAAGCCCCAAAAGAAAUAGUAGAAGCCUCAGAAGACAAAGUGGACUUAGUGGCAAAAGAGAUAGAACUCACCAAAUUAUUGGCAUCAAAUGAUCCCAAAACAAGAAGUGAUGGUAUCAAACAAAUUAAACAACUGUUACUCAAACAUUCUGGAGACACGAGUGAUGCAUUUCAAUUGAAUGAUUAUUUGAUUAUAUGGAGAGGAUUAUUUUACUUUAUGUGGAUGUCAGAUAAACCACUACCUCAAGAAAGUGCUACUGAAAAAAUAAGUAAUCUUAUCCAUAGUUGCACUUCUUAUGAAGGUAAAAUAUUAUUUUUGGAUGCAUUUUUUCUUACCAUCAAAGAUGAUUGGAUGUCAAUAAGUCAGCAUCGUAUUGAUAAAUUUAUGAUGUUGGUGAGGCGUUGUUUAAGACAAUUACUAUUUACCUUUGUCAAUUGUGACUGGAACAUAGAGUAUAUGAAUAAAUUUAGUGAAGUUCUAUAUAGAGCCCUCAAAUCGUUCACUCUUAGUUUAAGAACUCAUUUACAAGAAAUUUUUUUGGAAGAACUUGCUAAAGUUAGUAGAGGAAAAGUGCCUUCUGAAGCUUUGGUCAUUAUUUUAGAUUCAUUCCUACAUUACAUUUCUGAGCUCAAUGAUUUUAUGUUAAUCAGAGAAGUUACCCAAAAUGUGUUUAGAAAUCUUCUAUCUCAAUCACCUGAUUUAGAAAUGUUAGAAGCUAAGUUUGAAGCUUGGCGGAAGAUGGGUAAACCAGGCAAAUCAUAUAACGACUUAGAAUUGGUCGAAGGUGACAUUGCAGAUGACGAUCAAAAUGAAGUAAAUGACAAACCAUUAGAUCCUCGUGCUGGAAAUGUAAGUGUGGAAAUACCUCGCAUCAAGUUCAAUCCUAAAGAUGUAGCAAAGGUUUUGAAUAGAUAUGUAACUGAAGUUGAUUGUACCAGAAAGUGUUUAUUAGAAAUAACUAAAUUGAUAAAAUGGUAUAAUCGUUUAGGAGAUGGUAUACUACCCUAUAAGCCAAAAGACUUGAAGCUAAAUAGUCAAGUAUUAAAGCGAAAAAAGAAAAAAUAUUUAUCUAAAAUGGUAAAAGAAGGAGUUAAAAAGUUAGAAAUGGUUGAUUCUAAGAUUAAAAAAAGUGGCCGUGAAGUAAGUGACCUUAAAAGUCUUAAUGAACUUAAUAAGAUGGGUGAAAUUGUAGUAGAACGUGGAAAAAUUGGAAAAUCUGUGUGGAAAGUAAGAAAGUUUGAAAAUGUCAAUACAUUAAAAGAGAAUUUUAAUUUAAAUGCGUCAUGGACUGUAUCAGAGGAAACAAAAAUUGAUGACACUAACACUGUUUGUGGUACUGAUGAUGAACCACCACUUCUGGUGCCAGCUGGAUUUAACGUUGAAGUUUCAGAGACUCCAGAAAAGACACCAACAAAAAUUCAGAAAAAGGUUUCUUUAACUCCAAAUUUCAAAUCUUUAACAGUUGAUUCAUCUCUAAAAGAAAGUAAUUCUAAUAAACGUAAAAGUAAAAGUCCAAUUUCAAAAAAUAAUGAAGGUUCAAAUAAAAAAAUUAUUCAAAAACAAAAUUCUCCUUUCAUUAAAACUGGUACUCCUAAUCUUUUAAACUCGAGUCUGAACAACAGUUGGUCAGUAUCUGCAGACAAUGGAGGGUCUGCUUCUAAGAAGGUUAAAAAGAGCAUUGAGUCUGCUAAAGCAUUACAAGCAGUAAAUGCAUCACCUGUCAAUGAUCUUACAUCAGAUAAUGGAGUUGAGGAAAAAAAUCAAACUACUGAUGAUUUAGUUAUAUCCAAACUAAAACGUCGUUCUAAUGAAAUCAAUACAAAUUCAAGUCUAAAUGAGAGUUGGAGUGUGUGCAGUGAUGAAAAACUCAAAUUGAGUAAAUCUCCAGUAUCAAAAACUGUUAAUGAACCAAAUAAGAAAAGUAUUCAAAAAUCAAACUCUCCCUUUGUUAAGAUUAGUUCUCCCAAUGUUGCAAACACAAGUCAUAACAAUAGUUGGUCGGUAUCUGCUGAUAGUGAUGGAUCUGCAUCUAAAAAAGUUAAAAAGAGCAACGAACCUGGUAAAGAAGAAAAACGUAUUUCAUUAACAUCUGUAAGUACGCCAGAUAAGAGUUCCAAGAGCCCUAAAAGCCCUAAAAGUCCAACUCCUGAACAAAGAGUGUUGCGACGAAGAACAAUUAUAAUUCCCAAGAAGAAACCGGAUGGUCAAAAUGAAGGUACACCUAAAAGAAAAGUGAAAGAACCUUCAGCUACAAAAGUAUCGCAAAAGCGUAGGAAGACAAUAGCAGGAGAAGAAAUAAGCAUGUUAAAACCUGAAGAAAUUUCAAAUAAGGCACUUGAAAAAGUUCGAAGUGAGGCUUUUGAGGAUGGUUGUAGUUCUCCGAGAAAAAGUUCAAGGCUGUCAAUCAAAACCGAUUCUGCUAAGAAAAGAGUUGAAUUUCAAUUGAAAAACAAUGUCGAGCAAGAGUUUAUGGAGUAUAAGACAUCAUUAGUGACUAAGCCUCAAAAUCCACACGAUGCUUCCAAACAGCCGGUUCAAGGAGUUUUGAAAUUGACACCAGAUGCAAACCGCAUAAAUCCAUUUUAUAAAUUCUCCAAAACCUCUGCGAAAAAAAAUUCUAGAAAAUCUAUCAUUUAA